AUGGGCAACAAAACCCCAGAAUCGGCACCAACCUCUACUGCUGGUGCUGCACAUAUUCAAAGCGGCUCGCAGCACGAAAGGUCGGCUCAACAGCGACGAAAUUUGGAAAGCAACACCAUCGUCUGGCUUGACGCGAACGUUAGUUCUUCAGAUGACAAUGUGAAUGCAAAAGUUCGUCUGCGUCAAGCAAUAAAUCACGUUGAAACUUUCGAGGAUAAGCAAAAGUGUAUCGAUCACAUAGUGUCACUUGAAUCAGAGCAAAUAUAUUUUAUCGUAUCUGGCUCGUUAGGCGAAUCUGUCGUGCCACUGAUUCAUGAGAAACCACAAAUAGAAUCAAUUUAUGUGUUUUGCUUUACUAAAGGGAAACACGAAGAGUGGGCUAAACACUACGAGAAAGUAUGUGCUGUUGCCACGAACAUCGAUGAUAUCUGUGAUCAACUAACAAAAGACGUCGUAGUCAGCUCCAAUAAUCUUGUGUCCAUGACCGCUGUCUCACCGAACACAAAUGGUAAAGAAAUAAACAAACAAGAAGUAUCAUUCAUGUAUUUCCAAUUACUUGUCAGUAUUUCAACUGAGUUAGCUCACAAAGACUCAAUGAAACAAGAACUGAUUGAUUUGUGUCGAAUGGAGUAUGCAGGCAAUGACAAAGAACUAAAUGCCAUCGAUCAAUUCCAUAAAACGUACUCGAAAGAGCAAGCAAUAGAGUGGUACAUGAAAGACUGCUUUCUCUAUCGAAUACUAAAUAAAGCAUUACGAAUACAAGACAUUGACAUGUUAUUCAAGCUCGGCUUUUUCAUCAGAGACCUCCAGGAGGAGCUUGGUAAGCUGCAAAAAUCAGCAACCACUCGUCUCGGAAGAACAAUCACUGUUUAUCGUGGGCUAGAGAUGUCCAACAAGGAGUUCGAAAGUACAGAAAAGAAAGUAGGAGGACUUUUAUUGAUGAACAGCUUCUUGUCAACAACUGCUCAAGAAGCUGUUGCUCUGCGCUUUGCUCGCAGAUUAGGCAGAACAGAUACUACGCCAGUUCUGUUUGAAAUGACGGUUGAUACCGAGAAAUGUAGACAACCUUUCUCAAGUAUAAAAGCAGUGAGUGAUUUUAGUGCGGAAGAGAAAAUUCUAUUUUCAAUCGGCACCGUCUUUCGGAUUGUCUCCAUAAAGCAGCUGAACAAAGAAGACGUUUGGAAUGUUAAGCUAGAAUUGAAUGGAGACGAAGACAUCGAGUUAAGCAUGUUAACAAAUCAUAUAAAGCGUGAACUCGGUGAAUCGAACAACUUGAACACCUUGGGUACGUUACUAAUCACAAUGGGUGAAAAUAGUAAAGCAAAACAAUAUUUCCAGAUGUUGCUCGAUGACACCUCCCUAGAUCAAAUUGCUCAUGCAUCAGUAUAUCAUAACAUCGGACUAGUUCAUGACAAUCAAGGUGACUAUGAGAAAGCAUUAAAAUCUUAUGAAAAAUCUCUCGAAAUUAAAUUGAUUUCACUUCCACCAAAUCACCCUGAUAUUGCAGCAACAUAUAAUAAUAUGGGACUAGUUCACAAGAAUCAAGGCGAUUAUGAGGAAGCACUGAAAACUUAUGAAAAAUCUCUUGAAAUUAAAAUGAUUUCACUUCAACAAAAUCACCCAUCUAUUGCAACAACAUAUAAUAACAUCGGAGAAGUUCAUGACAACCAAGGUGAUUAUGAGAAAGCAUUGAAGUCUUAUGAGAAAGCACUUGAGAUCUAUUUGAUUUCACUUCCACCGAAUCACCCUUCUAUUGCAGCAACAUAUAAUAACAUCGGACUAGUUUACAACAAUCAAGGUGAUUAUGAGAAAGCAUUGAAAUCUUAUGAAAAAUCUCUUGAGAUCUAUUUGAUUUCACUUCCGCCAAAUCACCCUGAUAUCACAAUAACAUAUAAUAACAUUGGGUCAGUUUAUAACAAUCAAGGUGAUUAUGAGAAAGCAGUGAAAUUUUUUGAAAAAUCUCUUGAGAUCUAUUUGGUUUCACUUCCACUAAAUCAUCAUCAUAUUGCAACAACAUAUGACAAUAUCGGAUCAGUUUACGACAAUGAAGGUGAUUAUGAGAAAGCAUUGGAAUAUUAUGAAAAAGCGCUUAGUAUGGCACGAAAAACAUUGCCGCUUGCUCAUUCUACUCUUCGCACUAUCGAGUCAUCAAUAGCAACUGUUCGUAAAAAGCUUUCGCAAUAG